UCAAUUGGCCCCCAUGGAGGACUGCAUGCUUGAUUUCUUUCCUAAUGGUCUACAUGUUAUGAUUAUUGAUAAAGAUCCAAUAUUUCUUAAAACAAUCCAAGAAAUUCUCUUGUCUUCUCACUACAAAGUUACAACUUGCUUUGAUCCAAAUGUUGCGCUAUCGCUCCUUCAAGAGAAAGCAGAGGAAUUUGAUCUUGUCGUCGCGGAAUCUCACAUGCCUGAGAUGAGCGGAUUCGUGCUGCUUCGGACUGUCAAAACCGAGUUCAACAUUCCUGUUAUAUUGAUGUCAGAUAAUUUGCAGAGGAUUAUCAGCACAAAAGCCAUUGAACAAGGAGCAUGCUACUUUUUGGAGAAGCCCUUAAAGAUCAAUGUCAUCAAGAACAUUUGGAAAUAUGUAACUUUGAAGGACGUCUCAAACAAAGGAGACAUUACAAUGUCAAACCAACAAGGACGAAAGAGAAAGACAUCAAGAACUUCUGACCAUGAACAUGAAAGACCAAAGAAAAGGAAACAUAAUCAAGUUGAGGAAAAAGAAGAUAACAACUACUCGAGGUUGAAGAAGAAACGUGUUAUUUGGACUUCAGAUCUAGAGGAAAAAUUUCAAGAUGCUAUUAGGCUGCUAGGAAUAGAUGCCAUUCCUAGUAAGAUAACAAAGUUCAUUAAUGUCAAAGGUGUAAACAGAGAUCAUGUGGCAAGCCAUCUUCAGAAAUAUCGUAUUCGAAAGAUGAAGCAAGAAGCCAAGAAUCUGGCUCCAUUCCUUGAACAACUCAACUCAUCGGCUAAUCCUUCAUCUUCUACCUUUCAACUUCAAGAACAGCAGCAGCAGCAACAACAAUCCAAAGAUAACCAGCUGUAUCGUACAAAUCCUUGGUUGGCACUGAUGCUUGAGCUUGAACAGUCCGAUUCUGAUCCUGAUGAAUCGGAUAAUAAUCCUGUCUUCGACAUGGCAUAUGUUCGAGAAUGCUUGACACGAAGAGGAAUCAAAUGCAACACCGAAAUUCCUAAUGAUAACUUAAGCUCCGAAAACAUUGGACAGGCUGUAGAUAAGUACACUGUAUCCAAGGAAACCGAUGAAUUUGAUGAUCUUGGCGAGAUGAUAAAGGAGUUGUUUGCUGAUGACGAUGAUCCACCUGCAGGUUUCGUGUGAGCAGAUCAGGAUUAUGAUUCUAGCCUCAAUGGUAAGAAACAUCUUAAUUAGAGUUGAAAACGUCAUGAUAUUAUCAGAUUAGGACCUUUUUUCUUUGCCGUGUACUAAAAUGAUACAUUAAUGUAGUUGAGGAUCUUAUGUUAGUGUUUUGUGUGUUGUG